UCAGGAAGCUCCGGCCGGUGUUUGCGUUUCACCCGCGGACGGAUAUACGAGGCUCGGCGGACAGGUACCAGGCGGGGACAGACGACGAUUAGUCUCAGGAUGGUUCUCGCGAGCGGUGAUUGUUUCGGGGAGCCAGUUCAGUUCGAGGAAACGUCCCAGUGACUCGGUGGUAUUCGAGAAAUGUGACGCGGAGGAUCGCUGUACGAACACGUUGGGAUUACCAGGGGUCGAAGGAAGGUUUCAAUCGCUGGAGAAACACGUUAGGAUCAGAAGAGGUCGAUCGAAACGUUUCCACCGUAGGAGGAAUACUUAGGAUCGGAAGGGGUCAACGAAAAGGCCUCGACCGCAGGAGAAGACGUUAGGAUCGAAAGAGGUUGAAAGUAUCGAUCACGGAGGAGUCAAAUUAGGAUCGAAGUGAGUUAAAGAAAAGGCUUGGAUCGUAGGAGAAGACGUUAGGAUCGAGAGAGGUCAAAAGUUUCGGUCGCGGAAGAUACUAAUUAGGAUCGAAGGAAGUGAAAGAGAGGGCUUCGAUCGGAGAAGGAAGACUUUAGGUUCGAAAGAGGUCAAAGGAAGGUUUCAAGAGGGACACGUCAGGAUCGCCGGGGGUUGCAGUGGAGGCGUCGGAUCAACGGGGACACGUCGGUGAACCGGCAUGCACCGGCGACGCUUGAAGGGUGAGCAAAUCCUUCACUCGUCACGGCGCUUCGACGCUGACGAGCGACUCCGGUAGCUGUUUCCGGGCAUUCGGAGAAGCUCGUUACUGACCUAGGGUCGCGGACCUGAUGAAUAUUGAGCGGCGUGCCGACUCGCGGACCUCAACCUUCCACUUGUAUUAGCAUAUCCAUCCGUGCAGCAUUAAUUGGCAGCGGUAGUUCUUUGCCCUCGCCGGGCACCGGUGUCUAUGUGAUAUUCGGUGGUUCCGGGAGUGAUCUAGAUCGUUCGCACCGUAACCCAGAGACAGAGGAGUCGACAAUCGAACGUUUGUUUAUGGAGUAUACUUUUUACUAAGUUGCUGUUGGAAGAACUGACUUUUGGAAUUGGAUAGUUGUGAAGGAAGGUGGUGUGAAGACGGAAGUUUGAUUUUCGAGUAAGAGAAUAUUCGUUUGACAACGUCGAGAUAUGGGAGAGCAGCUUUACCAUGAUCGUCGUGGCUUCGUCGGAGAUCACUGUGAUUGAGGAUUUUUCGAAGGACACUUUAGGAAGGUUGCGUAUUCGGUACGUGAUGCCGGCGGCGCAUCUGACGCUGCGCGAGGAGGAUGUGGUACGACUAACCUUGGAGUUCCUCCACAGCCGCGACCUUCACAUCUCGCAGCUAUCGCUGGAGCGGGAGACAGGCGUGAUAAACGGCCAGUACAGCGACGAUGUCCUCUUCCUCCGUCAGCUGAUCCUCGACGGGCAAUGGGACGACGUGCUGGAGUUCAUCCAGCCGUUGGAGGCUCUGCCGGACUUCGACAUGCGGAAGUUCACCUACUCGAUCCUCCGUCACAAGUACGUCGAGCUGCUCUGCAUCAAGUCCGAGGCGAACCUGAUCGCGGCCGGGACGAACGGUAGCGUCGACAACGCCGUCGAGGAGGUGGUGAAGGUCCUCAGCGACCUAGAGAAGGUCGCGCCCUCGAAAGAGGAGUACAGCGGCCUGUGCCUCCUGCUGACCCUGCCGCGACUCACCGACCACCUGCAGUAUAAAGACUGGAAUCCCAGCAAUGCCAGGGUGCAGUGUUUCCGCGAGGUGCACCCGCUGGUGGAGAAGUUUCUGCCGGGCGACAGAAAAAGCUCGGACCCGGCGCAUCCGGUCACCUCGGCGAAGAACGAUCGGCUUAUACAGCUGAUCAUCAAAGGGAUCCUCUACGAGUCCUGCGUUAAUUACUGCCAGGCGAAAGCUACCGGCUCUAAGGAGAGCGAGCAGGUGGAGAUGAACUUCUCCAGACUGCUGGACGGCUCCGUAGGAUUCAGCGACUCCGAUCUGAGUCUGUUGUCCUGGCUGCAGAGCAUACCACCGGACACGUUCGCCGUGCCGUUCGCGCAACGGACGCUGAACGUCGACGUGGAACGGCUGGAGCGGCCCUCUUUAGAGACGUCGUGGACCGAGCAUAUGCUGAUAACACCCAUUAAACCGAAAACGUUCCCGCAUAGCGCGAUGCCGUUCACCAGGCCGCGGUCCGCGGCCGAUAUGAUGUCGCGCAGCUUAGUGCCGGCUCUGGAGGCCGGCCUCGGCCCGAGGAGUCCCGGGCCUAAAAAUACACCGAUACCGUCUGCCGCGCUAAUGGCGCUGUCCACCGGCGAUAUAAAUCCCAUGUCGAGAUCGUCGUUCGCGAGCUUUCACCUAACCGGUUUCAAGAACAACAAGCUGAUGAACACCAGCGUGGACAGGCUCUUCGAGAACGAGGGCGACGUCUUCCUCAGCUCGAGCUACGCCGAAUUCCAGCAGCUGCCUUCCAUACAGGAGACCACCGGCAACAACAGCCAACCGAAGGCGCCGCCUAGGACGAGGGGACAGUCGAAGAGUCCAGACGGUAUCAAAGCAGAUCCUUCCGCGACUUCUACGCCGGAGCGUAGAAUCGCAGGCAGGGAAUCCCCGGCACCGUCUACGGCCAGGAGUUCCAGAAGGGACUCCCUAGCUGAGAAGCCGACCGGCGUCGCCGCGAAGAUCCCGGAUCCCACCACGGUCCCAGUUCGAACCUCUCUGGGCAGCGAUAAUCUCGAGCAGAGUUACAACGGUGACUUGUUCAAGGAAUAUCAGAAGCAGAAGCAAAGGCUGCAGGAGAAGUUCCAACAAAGGGAAAGGGAGUGGAACGACCUGGUCAGGCAAUUAUCGGCUCCACUUUCCCCGCAGGUGGUCGAUAAUAGGCUUCAAGGUGAUGGUAUCAAGCAACCUUUGGGAAGCAAAGGUCCGUCGCCUGUUCAUAUGAGCACGCCCGUGCGGUCUGGAAUCCAGUCGCCGAAACCUACGAUCAACGGAUCCGACACAGUACUGCGACAGAACUCGGUGUUAAGCGCAACCUACGAUGCCAGAACGCAGGAGAGCCAUUACGACGUCGUCAAGCCGAUAAAGCAAGAGCCGAGGCAGGAACUGGACGCCAGCAACGGCAGCAGCAACGGCGGCAGGCCGCGAUUCGUUCCUGUGACGGCGCUCGAGGACGUGCAGGCGGUGCGCUGCGCCGAAUUCCACCCCCAUGGGAAAUUGUACGCCGUGGGAUCGAACUCGAAGACGCUGAGAAUAUGCUCGUAUCCGAAAUUGCACGAUGUCAGGGAGGACCAUCAGACGUAUCAGCCUACGGUUCUCUUCAAGAGAACGAAACACCACAAGGGCUCGAUAUAUUGUCUCGCGUGGACACCGGAUGGACAGCUCAUGGCGACCGGAAGCAACGACAAGACUGUCAAGCUGAUGCGCUUCAAUGCCGACACGUCGAAUCUCGAAGGUCAAGAGGUCGAGCUGACGAUGCACGAUGGCACGGUGCGGGACCUGUGCUUCCUCGAGGACACCUCGAACAAGUCGAGCCUGUUGAUCAGCGGCGGCGCGGGCGAUUGCAAGAUCUACGUAACCGACUGCGCGACCGGCACGCCGUUCCAGGCGUUGAGCGGUCACAGCGGCCACGUGCUCACCCUGUACAAUUGGGGUGGAGCGAUGUUCGUGAGCGGCUCGCAGGACAAGACCGUCAGGUUCUGGGAUCUCAGAACGAGAGGCUGCGUGAACAUGGUCACACCAGCAACGGUACCUGGCAGCAGGGUCGGCAGCCCUGUCGCGGCGCUCUGCGUCGAUCCAUCCGGACGUCUUUUGGUUUCCGGUCACGAGGACAGUAGCUGCGUUCUCUUCGACAUCCGGGGCGGAAGAACCGUGCAGUGCUUCAAACCGCACGCCGCUGACAUCAGGAGCAUACGUUUCUCGCCUUCCGCUUAUUACCUGCUCACCGGCGGAUAUGAUAAUAAGCUUGUUCUUACGGAUCUGCAAGGUGACCUGACGAUGCCCCUGCCCAGCGUGGUGGUCGCCCAGCACCAGGACAAAGUAAUCUCGGGUCGAUGGCACCCAACGGAAUUCUCGUUUCUCAGUACCUCCGCCGACAAGACAGCGACCCUGUGGGCCCUGCCGCCUGUCUAGGCCGGCGCGCACAAGAGACACGCGUUCAUCAAUCGCGACGAUCGUUCGUCCCUCGACACGAUCGCGCCCACCCGAUCGUUCGUUCUCGCUCGGACGUACACCGGCAAACUCUGUCCCGUCUCCGGGAACACGAACGAGAAAAGGGGACGCUCGGCGAGAGACGAAAUUCCAACGAAAACACACCGGCGAACACAGGUUUCUAAUAAAAAAAGAGAAAAAACCGAGUGGGAAAAGAAAGAAGCAACGGGAAACCGUUGCCCGGAAGAGGAGAACGAGCGAUCGCCGGCGAUACCGACGUAACGGAGGAGAAAAAAGCGGGAAGAAAGUUUCACGCACUCGCGUCUAAUUCAACCAUGACCAAUUAAAAGCUUUCUGAAGCCGCGCGGACGCGGCUGGCGGAUCGCGAUCGCGCCGCAUGAUGUGACGCGUGACGUUUUCGCGAUAAGGAUUCUUAGAAUCCGCGAGAAGGAGCGAGCGAGCGAGCAGGGUGUCGUGUAUGUUUCACGAGUCGUGAGUUAAAACACUGUAAAAGCCGCUUCAGGGGACGAGUGAAAGCGUGUUCUUUUUUUUCGCGGCGAGACGACCGGCGAAUCGGGCGAACGACGAGCCGUGCGCCCGUCGACGGAGAUCGUCCCGACACAAAUCACAAGACUGCGGGAAAGAGUUCGCUGAACGAGGGGGAGCGGAGUGAAGCCUCCCUCCUCGGGUCGAUCGAGCCGAUCGACGUUUCCUUUUCUCGCGGCUACGACGCGCGGCCACCCUUGAUUUUUGUAUUGAGUUUUCUUCGCGACCGUGUUCGCCCCCGAUGUGUACAUACGUUAGCGUAGCCUUUAAGAGCGAUCACCGCGCGUAAUCGCGCCCCUUUGAUUUUCUCCCUCUCCUCUCAUCGCUGUCUGUAACUGGCAUCUUGCCGACCGGUGAUUUCGUUCAAAGGAGACGCGUCCUCGCGUUUACUUGCCACGAGAACGUUGAUUCGUCAUAGUAGAGAUAAACGGAGACGGUUGCUAACACGUUCGCUGUCAGCGUUACAUGUUCGUGACGGUUAUCCUUUACUUUACAGAAUGAAAAUGGAAUUAAUACUGUGGAUAUUGUUAUUAGAAAUUAUAAAGUACGACAUUGUAUUUAGAAACUCGAUGACUCGAUUCUGUUCCAUUUUUCUAAUAUUCUGUUUAGAUUUAUUGGGCUGAAGGAAAUGUUACUGAGGAGACCGUCACUGAAAUAAGGGUUGGUAGCAACGUGUUAACCCUUUGCGGACGAAUGUCGACAUUUCGACGAGGUGAUGACGAAUGAUUUGAUUACUCGGACAGCAAGAGAUUAGCGUGUAGUUUCUGCUUUUGCUAUUAUUUCGGCGAUUAACAUGAUCGUUACCAGCUUCGCAUAUUUGUGACGGUCGUGAUCCUAUGUUUGACAUAAUGAAAAUGAAAUUAAUCUUAUGGAUAUUGUUAGAAUUAUAAACCGAAUUGUAUUUAGGAACUCAAUGACUCGAUCGUUUCAUUUUUCUGAUAUUUUGUUUAGAUUUAUUGGAUUGAAGAUAAUUGAGGAGACCGUCACGGAAAUAAACACUGCUGUGUUAAUGUAUAAUUCAGCUUGAUCUGUUGAAGGUUUUACGCAUUUCAAAGAAUCUUCGUCCGCAGAGGGUUAAUCGUUCAGCGUCGUAAUUGUCACGUUACUUUAUUACCUGGUUAUGAUAUUAAAUAUUUAUCGGAUGUCGAACAUCUUGUGUAUCGUAAUUGUUUUCAAGCAAUACGGAAGCCAGUCACCGGUGACCAUCAUGGCAGUCGAUGUGUUAAAACGAUCUUUAAUUUGAUCAAGUGAUCCUCGAACUGAUUGAAAUUAGUGGAACUAAUGAAAUUGGAAACGCAACUCGUCUCGUGACCGGUCAGCGAGGUGUUCACUUUCCAAGCCCGCGAGAUCAGCCCACUUGCGAUACGCGGAUCAAUUUUCCUAUCUCUUCGUUUCGUUUCUUUCUGCAUCCCUUCCGCUCGGCUGGUAAAUUUCUUAUUAAGAGGGUGCAUACGGAAGCGUUUUAGAUUAUUUAAUUGAACAUACACCGUGUACAUCGCUUUACGUUUGUAAUUUUCCUUUUUUCUUUCGUUAAGAGAAAUGAACUUGUUUAAUAAACAUUCGAAGUGGUAGAGAUUUCUUUUAUAUCUUAUACUUUUUUUUCUUUUAAAUUAUUCCGUAUACGAGCUUCGUUUUAGAU